AUGAAGCUAAGAGCUCUCUGCGACGCUCAGCUUUCUGCUCGCUCCGUCACCACCAGCCUUCUGCCUUCAGCCAAAGCCCCCAAGAAUCCCAAGGAGCUGGGGGAUGGCAGCAUGACAGAGACUCCCAGCACAGAGGGCAGAAAGCUGGAGGUGCCAUUUCUGCUGAAACACCCAGACCCUGCCAGAGCUGCAGGCGCUCAGAGAGCAGCUGAGGAAACACAGGCAGUGAAGGAGUUUGCACCAAACGAUGCCUUCAGCUCUGCCAAGGGGAGUGCAGCUGUGUCAACAGCCACAGCAGAAAGUCAAGCUGCAGGGCAGAAGAAACAGCUCCCACCAGGUGCCAAGAUUUGUUCCAAAACUGACUUUGAUGCAGUCAUAAAGAAUCCAGCAUCUGCUGCAACACAGGACAAGAAGAAUGUGAAAUACAGUGGAAGUGGAGCAGGCUUUUCAGCCACUUCAGGGACCACAGCAUUCAACCAGCCAGUGUGGCAGAGUUUGAGCUUCCUGCCAUGUCCCAUCCCUCCCAACCACUUCAACUUUCCACAGUUUCAGGGUCCAUACCACCAAGCAAGGAUCCUGUGCCCACAAGGUGUGCACCCUGCCCACGGAUACUACUCCAGACAGGUGGUUCCAUACAGCCCACAGCAGCUUUUCCAGCCUGCUUACACUCCAGUGCUGAACUACUUCACUCUGGUUCAGCCUGGUUAUCCACCCCAACAGAUGAUCCCACCUACACUAUCCAGCAACAUCCAGGAGCUAUCACCAAGGUUCUAGACCUGAAGGAGCUGCCACAACUACCCUCAACUCCUUUGCCAGGGAGAGCUAUGUAACAUUAAGUGAAUCCAAUUUUCCUAUGCUGGUAGUCAGAGAAAAGCCUGCUAAAUCCUAGUGUCCUGUAAGGAUUUUGUGUUUUCCCCCCAGGUGAGCAUUUCCAUCCAGAAUAAUCCUCUGUGAUUUAUAUGGUAAAGAGCAGCUGCCUGAUGAUCCAUCUGAAAUUUUUGGGGGGGGAGGACAGAAUAAGAAGAGGCUUUUGUUGUUGUUCUUGUUGUUGUUGUAUUGGAAGAUGAAGACAGAUAAUAAACAUGUUUUCUUUGUGACAAAUAA